AUGGCCCGCGACCGCAUGGCCGAGUUCCUUUCCUUUGUUCCAUGUCGUGCGUACAUUAACAGUCAAACAGCCCCUGUUACUACUAGUACUACUGUCAUAAAAGCCAAUAAUGUGAGCAGCAGCAGCAGCAGCUGCUUCCUGCCCAUAGAUAACGAAACGAAGCCCAUUUUCGAUGCCCUUUCUGGUAUUCAGCAGAUGGUGGAAGGGCUUGGCGUGCUGCACGUCGCGCAGCUGGUGGAGAGCCGCGCGGAGACACGGCAGUGCGUGUACAACGCAGUGGAGAAAGUUGGCGCCUCCUGCCACGCAUGUCGCGAGAUGAUAGCAGUAUACGACAAUACAACGCAACAGAUGGAGCGCGACAUCAGCAUCGGCAGCGGUUGCCGCCUCAAUACGGCAGAGCUGCAGGUGCGGCGCAACAUCGUUGCCUUCAUGGAGCGCCAGCUGAUGCUGCACCUGCACAGCGCCUGGGUGGCGCAGCGGGUGCAUGAGGAACGUCUCAUUGAGGUCACUACGCGGCGCGUCAAAGUGCGCUUUGCAACAGCGGGCGCUGGUGGCGAUAACUGCGACAACUCACUUGCGUCUGGUAUCGGUGAUGCCCAUGCCCGGGGGAUGGCGCAGAAGCUACUCGCGACGGGCAACGAGGAUCAACUGUUCUUCCUAGCUCGCGACGAGCUGGAGCGGGUGAUGCGCACACGGGAUGCUGUGCUUGAACUCGAGCGCGAGAUGCAGGAGAUCCUCAAGCUCUUUGGGGAGCUGCACUACCUCGUGUAUGAGCAGCACGAGUGCCUCUUCACGGUGCAGGAGCAUGUCAACAGGGGCAACCGCAACAUCGAGGUGGCGGUGGAGAAUCUCAAGAAGGCAAAGCACCAUCAGAAAGCCUGCUGUUUUGUGAUGUGA